AGAUAACUCUAUUUUCACUUUCGGAUUGAUGGAUUGAUGUCGUUUCUACAAAGAUUAUUUAAAGGAGGCGGUGCUACUAAGAAAGAGGACUUUGUACCAACAAUAGAAAAUGAAGAAGACAAUUCAUACACUGAGUUGACUUUAUUACAACAUCAUACAGAUAUAGUCAAACAAGUCUUUGUUAUAGAUAAGAGAAGAUGUUUAUCAGUGGCAGAUGACAAUUCUGCUGUUAUAUGGGAUUUACUGCUUGGAGUAAAGGUUGCUGUCUUAACUGGCCACACUCGUCCAAUAACAUGUAUUUUAUUAAUUAAAUCAAAGGUUCAUAGUUCACCAUAUGCACUUGUCACAGGAUCAUCUGAUAAACAAAUUAAGGUCUGGGACUAUGAACAAGGAUUGUGUCUACAAACAAUAACAGAACAUAACACUUCAGUAAAGUGUUUAUUAUUGUUGCAAAAUGAAUGUUUCAUAUCUGGAGGUGAGAAACUACACCUAUGGUCUCCAGAUGGUAUACUUUUAGACACUUAUGAUAGAGUCAAGGAGGAAGCUGAUGUUAAAUACAUGAUAAUUGUCAGGAAUGAGAAAAUUGUGGCAACAUCUAACAGGGAAAUAUUUGUAUUUCAUGUAGUAGCCAGACAGUGUUAUGGUGAUACAGAUGAUAUAAAACAGGAAUUGGCUCUCUUUUUAACCAUACCCCAACGAAGAGAAGCCAUUAAAUGCCUUGUUAAUAUAUCAGAAACCAUGUUUGCAAUUGGUUGUCUAGAUGGAUGCAUCUAUGUUUUAUCAUCAGAAACUUAUCAAACAAUACUACAGUUUACAUCACCUGAGAAAUACAAGGGAGAUCACUCUGACUAUCCCUACAGUAUACAGGACAUGAUCUCUGCAGAUCAGAGAUUUCUGGUUGCAGCUGUUGGAUCAGGAUUUGCUAUAUUUGAUAUUAAGAUGAAAAAGAUUAUAUGUAAACCACAUAUUUCCCAUUUCUCCAAGAUACUACAUCUAACUUUCGUCUGUAACCAAACAUUGCUAGCUACAAGUUCUGAAGAUGGAAGUAUCAGACUUUGGGGACAAAUUGCUGAUCGACAGAAUGAUACACAAGUAUUCCAUGGUGUAAUGGAGAGAUUCUUCAACAAAAGUUUUGGUGCAAUAGAUAAUGAUAUGAAGAGCAACAGUCUACCAGAACCUGCACUGAUAGGGGAAUGUCUGGCGCAUUCUGGUGCUGUUAAUAUGGCAGUAGAUGGUGGAGAUGAUAUAAUGGUAUCUUGUGGUGUGGAUAGCUUGGUCAUUUGUUGGAAGAAUGCUGAGUUACAGAAAAUCAAGAGGAACCAGAUUUUCCAGAAGGAAGUUCUGAUGGGCAGUGGAAUUGUUUGAUAAAAACCUUUGAAAUUUUCAUUCCAAACAUAUACUUGUGUUCAUAAUAUGUAUUACCAUACAUGUUUUGUAGACAUAUAUAUAUUUUUUUAAAUAGUGCAAUAUUAUAAGUAUAUUUAUUAUUAGUUCUGUUGGUUUUAAUUAAAACUAUUUAGUGAAAUAGAAAA